UCUUAUGAAACUGGUGUAUUGAACAUGACACGAUGAUGUGGACAUCCACAUAAGGAACGCCACGGCACAUCAUUAUUUAAACAUUUUAAAUGAGUGAAAGGAUUGUAAGCUUGUUGCUGGCCUUUUUAUUCAGUUGCUUUGCGGCUGAAUAAAAAGUGACAGAUUGACGUCAUUGAGACAGACGCAGAGCGAGCCCCAGCGAAAGAAGCAACCGAGCAGCGGCAGAGCAUCUUCUCUAGCUACAGAGUAGCCUACCUUGCAAACAACAUCCGUAGCCAAGAACCUCUGAGCAUCCCCGGAAAAUAACGAUAAACCAGAUAAAUAACAUGGCCACCUCCUCCUCCCCUAAUCUGGAAGAAGACGAGAGUCUGAAGGGCUGUGAAGUGUUCGUGCAGAAGCACAACAUCCAGCAGAUCCUCAAAGAGUGCAUUGUCAACCUGUGCAUCGCCAAGCCUGAGCGUCCUAUGAAAUUCCUGCGGGAGCACUUUGAAAAGCUGGAGAAGGAAGAGUCCCAGCAGAUCCUGGCCCGCCAGAAGUCCAACUCUCAGUCGGACAGCCAUGAUGACGAGGUGUCCCCCCCGCUGCCCAACCCAGUGGUCAAGGCCCGCCGCCGCCGGGGAGGGGUCAGUGCUGAAGUCUACACUGAAGAGGACGCCGUCAGCUACGUCCGCAAGGUGAUUCCUAAAGACUACAAGACCAUGACUGCUCUGGCCAAGGCCAUCUCCAAGAACGUGCUGUUUGCUCACCUCGACGACAACGAAAGGAGGUAAGAACCACAAAUCAUAAUCCAACUGAC